AUGGUUUCCAAACGACGGUCGUCUCUGAUUCUUCCCUCACUUCCUGAAGAUGUCAUCAUUGACAUCUUAGCGCGUUCAUCAAGAUUCGACUAUCCAGCACUCUCCCUUGUUUCCAAGCACUUUCGAUCACUCGUUGCUUCGCCUGAUCUAUACGCAAGAAGAUCCUUGUUGGCCUGCAAGGAGCACUGUAUCUACGUUGCCCUCUUUGACAUAGACAGCUGUGAUUUUUACCGUUGGUAUAUCCUCUGCCGGAAAGCCGACGGCCGUCACUGCUUGGUCCGUGCCCCCUCGACGUUUUCCUAUUUUUAUUACCAUGCAGGCGCUGUGGCAGUGGGUUCAAGGAUAUAUGUUUUUGGUGUGACUGACCAAACAAAUAUGACGACAAAUGCGUUUAGCAUGGAUUGUAGAUCCCACACGGUGGAACCCAUCCCUAGCAUCCCUGUUCCUUUGGUUUGUACAUUCGCUGGCUUCGUCGACGGGAAAAUAUAUGUUAUUGGAGAUGGCGCCGGCGAUCAUUACCCAGAGAAGGCUAUGCUGGUGUUCGAUACAGAAACACAAAAGUGGGAGCAUGUGAUGACUACGCCAGAGAUGAAUAAAGCUCUCACAACAAGCUACGCUUAUGUGGUGAUGGCUGAUAAAAUAUACACAAUGGAUUGUUCUGGAAGAAGCUAUGUGUACGACCCAAAGGAAAGUAAAUGGGAAACAGAGGAUAUGCUGCGUUCUGUCUAUUGGGAGAAUGCAUGUGUGGUUGAUGAUGUAUUGUACUACCGUGAUUGGUUCGUGAACACCUUAAGAGCGUAUGAUCCAAUUCAGAAGUCUUGGGGAGUGGUGGAAGGCUUGAAAGAAUUGUUGGCUGCGCCAAUAUCUUCAAAGUGGUCACGUACUCUUAACUACGGUGGGAAUCUGGCUUUGCUAUUUGGAAGACCAAGUGGGAUUUGGUGUGCGGAGAUUUCGCUGGAAAGAAGUCAAGGAGGGCAGAUUUGGGGUAAAGUUGAGUGGUGUAAGCAUGUUUUGACUGGAAAUUUUAGAGUUAAGAAAUCUCUAGAUGUUGUAGUUUGA